UUGUUGCGCGGCAAGGACAUCCAGAUCUGCAUCGACCACAUAAGAACGGAUUGGCGCAUCGUGACCAGGGUCAAGGACCAGGAGAUAAUGCUGAGGAACGCUAAAAUUGGCAGGUUCAUCUCGGUCACCUGUGGUGUUUGGCUGCAGUUCGGUGUCCUUGGCUUCUGCGUUGUCACCUCUAUGGACCCCAUACCCGUGCAGGUUGGCAACGAGACCAGACUCGUUCAUCCCAUGCCUUGCGGCGCUUACAAGAAAAUACUGAACGUCGACGAAAGCCCGACCAACGAGAUCGUGCUCGCUUCGCAGUUCUUUUCUGGCGCGAUCGUCAACACCGUUGCUGUAGCCGCGUACAGCGUUGCUGCGGUAUUUGCAGCACACGCGUGCGGCCAGUUAGAUGUUCUCAUGACGUGGAUCAACGAGUUCGUGAAUAAAACGGAAACGACACGGAAGGUGGUGGAUUACUCUGAGAUCGGGAUAAUCGUGGAGCAUCAUCUACGUGUUCUGAGCUUCAUAUCGCGUAUCGAAGACAUAAUGCAAAGGAUAUGUUUUAUGAUAUUGGGCGCGUGCACAACGGACAUAUGCAUGCUUUGCUAUUACAUUCUAACGGAAUGGCCCGACCGCAAUUUUCAAAAGUUGUCCAUAUAUACCGUUAUUCUAGUGGCUUUUACGUUCAAUGUAUUCAUAAUGUGUUACAUCGGCGAAAUACUAUCGGAACAGUGCUUGAAAGUUGGGGAAGUGGUGUACAUGACUAACUGGUAUCACUUACCCGACAAAACAGUUCUCGAUCUGAUACUGAUCAUUAAAAGGUCGAGCGUGACGAUCAAACUUACCGCCGGGAAGAUUAUCUACACGUCCAUUUCCACGUUCGGCAGUGUGAUGAAAACUGCAUUCGCUUACGUGAACUUUCUACGGAGGACAGCGUGA